AUGCAGCGCUGGGCACUCCUCCUAUCAGCGCAUGAGUAUAUCAUCGAAUACCGUAAGGGUGCACUACAUGCAAAUGCAGAUGGACUUUCACGCUUACCACUCUCCCACACUCAUAAAGAGAAGCUAGGCGCAGUAGAGGUGUUCUACACCUCUCAGUUGGACACACUACCAGUCAGUAACACCGAGAUCAAACGUGAGACCCUGUCUGACUCCACUUUAUCUCGUGUCCAGGAAAUUGUCUCCACUGGUCGUUGUCCAUCUGCAAAGGAUGCCGACGAAGAGCUGUCGCCCUAUCUGUUGCGCCGGCAUGACCUCACCAUACAACAGGGAUGCCUCAUGUGGGGUAUGAGAGUGAUUGUGCCUCCUAAACUGCGCCCCCGGGUUCUGAAAGAGCUCCACUCAGCACAUCCAGGAGUAGUGAGGAUGAAGAGCUUGGCACGCAGUUAUGUGUGGUGGCCCGGCGUCGACUCUCAAAUUGAGCUUCACGCCAAAUCCUGCCCCCCGUGUCAGAGCAUACAAAAAGCACCUGGGUUAGCUCCUCUACACCCUUGGAUGUGGCCAUCCAGUCCUUGGGAAAGGAUACAUGUGGACUUUGCGGGUCCAUUCGAAGGUCAUAUGUACCUGAUCACUGUGGACGCCCAUUCCAAGUGGCCUGAGGUGCAUAUCAUGGACAGCACCACAGCCAGCAAGACCAUACAAGUGCUCAGGGGACUUUUGAGUCGCCAUGGAAUUCCGCACAUCCUUGUGAGCGACAAUGGACCUCAGUUCUGUUCUGAAGAAUUCAGUGCCUUCCUGAAGUCCAAUGGAGUCAAACACACCCGCUCAGCGCCGUACCAUCCUGCUACCAAUGGCUUGGCAGAGCGUUUUGUGCGCACAUUCAAACAGGCCUUAAAAUCAUCUAAGGGCACCGGGAUGGUGCAACAACGCCUUGAUACGUUCCUGCUGGCAUACCGCAACAUCCCCCACACCACAACAACGGAAACGCCAGCCAUGUUGUUCCUUGGACGCAGGCUGUGUUCUCGUCUGGAUUUCCUGAAACCCAAUAUUGCUGGAACAGUGCACAGAUCACAGGAUGCCCAACAACAACGCCGCCACCAACACUCAAAGGACAGGCAGUUUGAUGUUGGGGAGCCAGUCCGUGUGCGGGACUAUAGGAAGGGGGAGGAGAAGUGGACACAAGGAUAG